AUGUCAAGUACCUAUAAACGUUCCUUACUGGAUCGUGUCUUGCGUCGAAACAGACCCAAUCAAAUAGAGAGAGUUUUUGAUAAAGAUCAGGCUAAGGCCCUUGCACGUAAACCCUUGGAGACUACCAAUGAAACAUCAGUUACAUUGCAGCCACCAGAACAAGAGGCAUUAAUGGCUCACCAGGAAACCGAAGGUCAUUCUGGAAACCAGCCAAGCCUUACUAUAGAUCCCUGUCCAGUUAAAUAUUAUGUUCCUCAACUAUCACCAGAAGCACUUCAGGGGACAGAUACAUCUAUGUCAAACUAUCUCUCUUGUUAUGUCCAAAUAGAUAGUGCAGAUACAAUGGAUACCAACAACAUGCCAAGUUUGACCCACAGUAAUAAUAAUGGAGAGGCAACUAAUUCAUCCCUUUUUGCGCCUAAUGGAAGUUCACCUGAAGAUAUACCAUCAACAGCAAGAACAAGAACAAAAGAACCAAAACACAAAGGAAGUUCAUAUUUUUCAUCGAAUAUUGAGCAAAGUGAGAAAAAAUCGGUCAUAGAAGAUAAAGUUCAGAAAAUAGCUUUUAGAGCAGAUUAUAAAGAUAAAGAGAAUUGGAAUGUACAACUACUUCCCGAGCCCUUUGUCCGUUUCGAUCCAUUCAAGGGAUCCCCAUUAUUUCAGUCGGACCCGCCUGUUGAUGUUACUCUCAGUUCUGCCGCUAUUGCAAUAAUCGAUAGUGCACCAGACACAUCUUGUACUGCUGAUAUUGUUAGCGAUACUAAAAGUGCCAAAUCUGACUAUGGAAAGUCGAGCGGUAUCAAGAUAGAAAACACCAAAGAGUUCUCCUUUGUUCCCGCAAUUGAAUCAUCAAUUCAAGCAGCAGCAGAAGAAGACGACGAAGGACAUUCACAAUCAUCCCAAACAAGAGCCACAACAAGCUCAGAUAAAGACAAGAAAUCAAAAUUUCCAAGGAGAUGGGAAUCCAUUAACACGCGUAUACACAAGAUGUUUCGUGGUAAAUCUGCUCAAGACGCCUCAAACCCAGAAGCAAAGCUAGUAAAUAAUGUCCCCAGCCAGCCUGACCAAUUGUCUAUUCCUGAAGACAAUCGAAACAAUGCGGAAUAUAGAGAGCGAGUGAAUAAAAAGGUUUUAGAUGAUGUGAAGAUGAAGAAUGCCAGGCCUUUGUCUAAAUCAGGUUCAAGAAUACUGAAAUCAGGAUCGAUCUACAUUGACAACAAAGAGUACAAUGAUGCUUUGGUUGAUCAGUUGGCUAGUGUUAAUGAGAGAUUGCCGGCCCGCUGUCUGGUUCGAGAAGGCAACAAUACUAUCCAGUUUACUUUCCGAAAGCCAAGACAGGGAAAAUUGUUGCGUUUUGCGUGCUGGGCCGAGCCAUUUUCUUUAGAUCCUUCUCCUCCUCAUACUGAUCCCCUUGGACACAAUUGUGAUGAUUUUCAAAUUUACGAGUCCGAUGGUGAUGGUGAUGAUCUCUCUGGCUCAAAUGGCUCCGCUAGUAAUUAUGAAGAUGAUAUCCAAGACCAUUUACUACGUGCCUCGUCCUGUCAAACGUGUGUUGAUAUUAUACACAACAUGAUACCUAUGACUACUAUGAACGAAGAGUAUUCGAGAGAUAGUUCGAUAGCUACCGAUAGCUAUUAUACUGCAUUUGAAUAUCUUCCUUCACCACAAGAAAUUAGACAAGGAUGGUCGAGCAAUAUAAGUAGGGAGGGCAGCCUAACGCCUGAUCUUUGUCUUGACCCAAAUGCGAUCAUGAACGACUUUCAAUCUCGCUAUAUUGGCGUCAGUCAUCCCUUGAAAAGCAUAUAUAAUAAUCACUUGCCUGAAAAUUCGCAGACAUUGUCUAAAAGUGGCAAAAGACCAAAUAGCCAUGAUGAUAAACAUAAUCAUAAUCAUAAACAUAAUCAUAACUAUAGUCAUGUAGAGAACGAGUUAUCGACAGUGGUUCUGGACAAGAACGAGAUUCUGGGUCGGGACCAAAUGGUGCCUAAUGACGAUAGAAUUAUAAAGAGUAAGACUGGACAAGAUGUCCGACGCAAUCCGAAUAGAGAGUGCGGCAGUGAGACCGACCGGCUAUUUGACAGUCUUUACGACGAGCAGAAGAAGCAUAUUCCCCAGGAUCCAUCGUGUUCAAAAUGGUACCUUGAUCCUCUUUAUCGCGACAUAUGA